AUGAAACCUGAUGGAAAUGGAGUGUAUGAGACAAGGAAGUUUACACCAAACAAUCUCAGGAUGUUCUGUCCACAUGUUCCAAUACAGAACAACUCGAUCGAUUGUGGCGUCUACCUACUACACUAUAUAGAGUUAUUCUGUAAACGUCCAGAGACCAACUUCAUGUGUCCACUUGAGAAGCCAAGAUGGUUCCCAACAUCGGACAUCAAGAAGAAGAGAGUACAUAUUCGAUCAUUGAUAUAUCAACUUCGAAAGCAACAGUUCCCAGAUGCAAUGACAGAGGCUGAGGAAGCAUCACAUAAUGUUAUUCUCACUCAGAGGCCACCAUCAUAUUACAGUGGCAACAAUAGCAACAGCAGCGAACCUUUGACAUUAUCUGGCAGCAGUCUCGAGAUUAUGCCAAGUCAGGAAGCAGAUGCAUUGCGGAGGGCAUUGGCUGAGAGUCUCAAGCCCCAAACCAACAACACCAACAACAACAACAACAGCAGUGACAAACAAAGCAGCGACAACCAGAGCAGCGACAGUAGGGACAACUUUGAUGGCAGCCCUCAAGAUAGAGAUGCCUUGGAAGUUAUUGUCGAGGAGGAUGAGGAUGUUGAUGUGGAUGAAGCGAAGGGAUCAGGCCCUGUAUCAGGGGCAGGACCAGCACUGGCUACCACUGGAGAUGAUGAUGAUGAUGUUGAAGAAAUGAACGAUACCACCGACAGCUAUGCCAGUUCACAUGUUGGUGGUGAUCAACCAUCACCACUACUUCCAACUCAGUCUCCACCAAAGAAGAAUGAGUUGAGUGAUCAACUCAAUCAUAUGGAGAUGAUGAUGACGAAUCAUCACGAUCACAAUCACAAUCAUAAUGGCAAUGGCAAUGGAAAUGGAAAUGGCAAGGACAUCUCAAGUGAUGGAUCAGACACUGAGACAAGCAUGUUUGACAUCUCCAUUCCAAUAUCGGACCAUGAAUCGUUUGGUACAGGAUCGAACAGCAACAGGAAGCGAAAGUUUAGCAACAGUUUAACUGUUGAUGGUGACGACGAAGCAUCGGACGACACUGGAUAUACCUAUUCACCAGUUGAUCGUGAUGCCUGA